AUGGCACAGACAGCUGGAGCUUCAGAGCUUUGGAACGCAACUGACGAGUGCCCCCCCCCCCCCUCAUCUCAUCGUCCAGAAUUCAGCCAAGAAGCCGCAAACGAGAUAAAAGUCUUGCGUUACGGCCCGCAGACGACGACGCCCAGACCGGUCUCAAAGCUCUUCGCGCUCUGCCCAGCAUAUCCAUAA